AUGGCACCCUGGGACCCCUUGAAGCCACCUGCUUGUCCCCCACCGUGGCGUUCCCGGGACCCUCUGAGAUUGGUACCAUAUACACUGCAUCCUGGGUACCCGAGGAUAGCCGGGCGCCCGCCCUCAACCACCCUGCCUGCUCCCACAGACUGUGGCCUGGCGCCGGCUGCGGCACUGACCCGGAUUGUGGGCGGCAGCGCGGCGGGCCGCGGGGAGUGGCCGUGGCAGGUGAGCUUGCGGCUGCGGGCUACGGGGACCCCAAGCAGUGGGUGGCCUUCCUGGGCACGCCGUUCCUGAGCAGCGCGGACGGGCAGCUGGAGCGCGUGGCGCACAUCUUCAAGCACCCCUUCUACAACCUCUACACGCUCGACUACGACGUGGCGCUGCUCGAGCUGGCGGGGCCCGUGCGCCGCAGCCGCCUGGUGCGGCCCAUCUGCCUGCGGCGACGCUGGCGGACCUCUGGCCUGCAGGGAGCCCUCCGGCCGAUGGGUGCUCACAGGAGUCACCAGCUGGGGCUAUGGCUG